ACCCUUUGAUGUCAUCACUCUUAUGUGUGUGUGUGUGUGUGUGUGUGUGAGAGAGAGAGAGAGAGAGAGUCAACCUCCAUGGAUCACCAACCACAGCCAAAUGUGUGAUCGCAUGCUGCAAUAGUCCAGGUUGGUCCAACCUCCUCUUCCAACUCAGAACCUUCACAUCUUUAAAACUUGAUUUCCAUUUAAAUCCUCAUCAAAACUUGGAGGAUGCAACAAUGGCCACAUGCUUCCAGCCACCCGCAGCAGCCCUAGAAGACGACUCUGCCGUGCUCUUCUCGACGUCGGCCUCCCCGGAGGAGUCCACCAGCCAGUCCUCCUCCUCCAACCACUCCCCACCCCACCACCACCACACCCAAACACCUUACAAACUCACAGUCACCAACCUAUCCUACACCAUCCAAAAACAAACAUGGCUCCCAACCCUCAUCUCCCGCAGCCCGAGCCCCACGCCGAUCAACAUCCUGAGAUCGGUCUCCUUCAUCGCGAGAACCUCCGAGAUCCUCGCGGUCGUGGGCCCCAGCGGCACGGGCAAGUCCACCCUCCUCAGAAUCGUCUCCGGCCGGGUGAGGGACCGGGACUUCGACCCCGGCAGCAUCGUCCUCAACGACAGCGUCGCAGCCAGCCAAGAACAUCUGAGAAAGAUCUGCGGCUUCGUUGCUCAAGAAGACACCCUCUUCCCUCUCCUCACAGUCAAAGAAACGCUCAUGUUCAGCGCCAAGUUCCGGCUGAAGGAGAUGACGGCUCGCGAUAGGGAAGACCGAGUCGAAAACCUAAUGCAAGAGCUCGGACUCGUCCACGUCGCGGAUGCCUUUGUCGGAGAUGAAGAGAAUCGCGGGAUAUCGGGAGGGGAGAGGAAGAGAGUCUCCAUCGGAGUGGAUGUGAUCCAUGACCCUCCCAUCCUGCUUCUCGACGAGCCGACUUCGGGCCUUGACAGCAGCUCGGCUCUCCAUGUAGUCGAGCUGCUCUCGUCCAUGGCUCGAGCCAGGCAGAGGACCAUAGUCCUCUCCAUUCAUCAGCCCAGCUACCGAAUCCUCCAGCGCAUCCCGAGUUUCUUGAUCCUCUCCCGCGGCUCAGUCGCUCACCACGGCUCGCUGCAGGCUCUAGAGCUAGCCAUCACGAAGCAGGGGUUCAAGAUCCCGCCACAGAUCAACCCUCUCGAGUUCUCAAUGGAGAUCAUAUCGAUUCUAGAAGAAUCCCACUCCAAAUCCAACCCUAGUUUGGUGUAUCCUUCAUAUAAUUCAACGUUGCAGAUUGAAACAGCAGCUGCUGAUCCAUUUGUUUGGAGACUGUUUGAGAUAAUGGUGCUGUGUGUUAGGCUGUGGAAGAUCAUUUACAGAACAAAGCAGCUUUUGUUAGCUCGAACGAUGCAAGCUCUCGUUGGAGGCUUCGGUUUAGGGAGUGUUUAUGUCCGAGUAAGGAAGGACGAAGGCGGUGUUGCAGAGAGAUUAGGCCUCUUCGCGUUCAGCCUCAGCUUCCUCCUCUCCUCCACCGUCGAAGCUCUGCCUAUUUACCUCCAAGAGCGCCGCGUCUUGAUGAAGGAGGCGUCGAGGGGCUCCUACCGAGUCUCCUCCUACUUGAUCGCCAAUACCAUCAUCUUCUUCCCCUUCUUGUUUGUGGUGGCGAUCCUCUUCUCCGUGCCAUUGUAUUGGAUUGUCGGGCUCAACCCUUCGCCCUCGGCUUUCCUGUUUUUCACGUUUGUCGUCUGGCUGAUCGUGCUGAUGGCGAGCUCCCUCGUGCUGUUCCUGAGCGUUGUGUCCCCGGAUUUCAUCUCCGGGAACUCGCUCAUCUGCACUGCCCUCGGGGCAUUUUUCCUCUUCUCGGGAUACUUCAUCCCGAGAGAGUUCAUCCCCAAGUACUGGCUCUUCAUGUAUUACGUCUCUCUCUAUAGGUACCCUCUUGAUUCCCUGCUUCUGAACGAGUACUGGAGCCAGAGAGACGAGUGCUUCUCGAAGGGAUGUGUGCUCACGGGGAGAGACGUGUUGAAGAGCAGGGGAUUGGAGGAGGACACGAGAUGGAUCAACGUCGGGAUCAUGCUCGCCUUCUUCGUCGUGUAUCGGAUACUUUCUUGGAUCGUUCUUACGCGGAAGGUGUCCAAGACGACGUUGUGAUCGGAGCGUUUGCUAGGGUUUUCAGAUGUUAGGUUUCAAAAUUUGUUGAGGUCCCUUCAAUGUUAAGGGUGUCCAAUAUCAAUAAUGCAAGCAAGCCUUACAAAAUAUGCAAUGAGAGAAUCAUUAAUUGGUUGCAA